CAGCGCACGGCCGAAGACCAUGGCGGUAAGGAACCCACUGGUACACAUACCUUCCUCCCUCCCCACUAUAUCCCAAUCCCUUCCUCCUUCCCUCUCCUCCUCUUCGCAGCUCUCACCUUUCAGAUCUCGGCCGUCUGCUGAUACGAUGCCCUCGCCGCCGUCCACUCAGCGCACAAUCCUGGUCACGGGCGGCGCCGGGUACAUCGGCAGCCACACCGUCCUGCAGCUCCUCAAGGGAGGGUACCGCGCCGUCGUGGCGGACAACCUCGACAACUCAUCCGAAGUCGCCCUCGACCGGGUCAGGGAGCUCGCCGGGGAGUUCGGAAAGAAUCUCUCCUUCCAUCAGAUUGAUCUUCGAGAUAGAGAAGCAUUGGAAAAGGUCUUUUCUUCAACUAAGUUUGAUGCCGUUAUACACUUUGCUGGAAUAAAGGCUGUUGGUGAAAGUGUCAGAAAACCUUUACUUUACUACAACAACAACCUCAUUGGUACAAUAAUUCUCUUUGAAGUAAUGGCUGCUUAUGGAUGCAAAAAGCUAGUAUUCUCAUCUUCAGCCACAGUCUAUGGAUCUCCCAAGGAAGUACCAUGUACAGAAGAGUAUUCUUUAUCUGCAAUAAACCCCUAUGGCCGAACUAAGCUUAUGACUGAAGAUAUGUGCCGUGAUAUGUGUAAAGGUGACAGCGAGUGGGAUAUAAUUCUGUUAAGGUAUUUCAAUCCUGUUGGAGCUCAUCCCAGUGGAUACAUUGGUGAAGAUCCUCGUGGAGUUCCCAAUAACCUCAUGCCCUAUGUGCAGCAAGUUGCUGUUGGAAGGAGACCUGCUCUUACAAUAUUUGGAAAUGACUAUCCAACCAAGGAUGGAACACCAGUCCGGGAUUAUAUCCAUGUCCUCGAUUUAGCAGACGGACAUAUUGCAGCUCUGCAGAAGCUCUUUGAGGGUCCUCAUCUAGGAUGCGAAGUGUAUAAUCUAGCAACUGGAAGGGGAACAUCUGUCUUAGAAAUAGUUGCAGCUUUUGAGAAGGCUUCUGGAAAGAAAAUUCCGGUAGUCAUGGCAGGGAGGCGACCUGGUGACGCUGAAAUUGUUUAUGCAUCCACUGCCAAAGCAGAGAAGGAGCUGCAGUGGAAAGCAAAGUAUGGCAUAGAAGAGAUGUGCCGAGAUCAAUGGAAUUGGACCAGCAAGAACCCUUGGGGAUACAGGUCGCCACCCGAGACUGCUAAUGGAAAUGGAAAGUGCCCUACUUUGCAUUCAAAUGACAUCAGACCUCCGGCAGACCGAACAAAAUGAUUCAUUGAUAACUCGAUAUAGAUUUGGCAUAUGUCCAACUGAUAUCAUUCUUCUAUUAAGAUAAUUUUGUGAAUAGGCAUGGUACCAAAGAUACAAAGAUCCAUAUACUUUAUGCUUGCUAUUCUUUUUUCCACUCGCGAUGAAUAUACGAGAGAUUCAAUUUGGAGGUUGAUUCUUUGUUCAUUGAUGACCAGCAGUAGGUUCCUUAGCAGGCAUUUGAGGUGGAUCGGAAAUGAAGAAGGGCGAUCGAUUGUUUCCUUAUUGUAUGUCAGAUUUGAUCGUCUCAUGUAUAUGAUGCUGAAUUUGUUGUUAAAUCUGAUUCUAUUGUUGGCGUGUUUUA